ACUCAAAAACUUCAGCCUGUUAUGCUUUUCUCCUUCUCCUUGUUAGCAAGCAAUGAACUUUAAUGGCGGAAACAGAUAUGAAUUUGAAGUACCUGGAAGGUCAAAACCCUUCACCAGAUGAAUGGCAAGAGUUUCCAUCAGAAAAUUCUUUAAGAUCAGUGUCUCUUUCCUAUCUCAUCCGAAUCCCGCCCCUGCUCUAAUCCAACCCUCAAGGGCAUCACACGUUUCCUCCUUAUCACACUUUAGAUAUUCUCCUAAAGCCCAUUCUUUAUAUAAAAAAAAUUUGGACUAUCUUGACUCUUGCCAGAGCUUGACCCAUCUUUUUCAAAUCCAAGCAAACCUAAUAACUUCCGGGCUUCUUCAACACCCAUCAUUUUCAGGCAGAUUUAUGAAGAUUUGCUCUCAUUUUUCUGUAUUGGAUUAUGUUGUCUUGGUCUUUAGGUGCAUUGUUUUUCCUAGUACUUUUGUUGUGAAUACUGUCAUAAAAGCCUACGCUUGCAGCUCUGUACCACAAAAAGCUGUGAUUUUUUAUUUUGAAAUGCUUGAAUAUGGGUUUUUUCCCAGUAGUUUCAGCUUCCCACCUCUUUUUAGCGGCUGCGCAAAGUUGAAGUGUUUGAAUUUGGGCGAAAAAUGUCAUGGGCAAGUUGUGAAAAAUGGGGUUGAUGGUGUUUUGCCGGUCCAGAAUUCUUUGAUUCAUUUUUAUGCUUGUUGUGGGCUUAUGGAAUCUGUUUUGAAGAUAGUUGUAAACAUGUCUGUCCGGGACGUGGUGUCUUGGAAUACCAUAAUUGAUUCUUUUGCCAAAUUAGGUGAAUUGGACUUGGCACAUAAGUUAUUUGAUACAAUGCCCCAGAGGAAUGUUGUUUCGUGGAAUAUAAUGAUGACAGGGUAUUUGGAUUUGGGGAAUCCUGGAAAUGGGUUGAAAUUAUUCAGGGAAAUGGUGAAGCUAGGAUUUAAAGGCAAUGAAACAACUAUGGUGAAUGUGCUUACUGCUUGUGGUAGGUCUGCCAGAUUGAAAGAAGGAAAAUCAGUUCAUGGAACUCUUGUUAGAGAAUCUGGCAAUUUGAGUUUGAUUGUUAAUACGUCCUUAAUUGAUAUGUAUUGUAGAUGUGGAAGGGUGGAUAAUGCUCGAUCAGUUUUUGAUAGGAUGCCGAUGAAGAGUUUAGUUUCCUGGAAUGCUAUGAUUUUAGGGCAUUGUAUUCAUGGAAAUCCGAAAGAUGGGCUCAACCUAUAUGAUCAGAUGACAAGUAAAAGUAGUAGAUUGGAAGAUGGGAAAACUCAUAUGACUAAUAAAUGGAGUUUGGGCAAUUGUGAUGGGAUCAUCCCGGAUGAAGUUACCUUUAUUGGUCUAUUAUUGGCCUGUGCCCGUGAAGAACGGUUGACGGAAGGGAGGAACUACUUCGGACAAAUGAUUGAUGUGUAUGGAGUGAAGCCGAAUUUUGUGCAUUACUGGUGUAUGGCCAGUAUUCUUGACAAAGUUGGUCAAAGGAAAGAAGCAAUUGAACUCUUACAAGAUAUGCCAGUUGUAAAGGAUGCUUCACCAGAAAGCUCAUUGUGGGCUGAUUUGUUCAGCUCAUGUCGUUUCCAAGGAGAUACGAUCUUGGGAGAACAACUAGCAAAACGACUUAUUGAGCAAGAUCCUCAGAACUUUUCCUACCAUGUGUUGCUGGUGAAUGUUUACGCUGUAGCUGGUAAGUGGGAGGAUGUUGCAAGGAUAAAGGCAGUCAUGAAGGAGAAUGGGAUUAAAAGAAUCCCUGGUUGCAGCCUUGAGGACCUUACAGGAAUUGUUCAGAAGAUGAAAUUGGGAGCUAAAUGGCAAGAAUUUACAGAUAGUUGUCAGCUAAGAUCUUCAGAAGUGAAUGAUUGACUUGAUUUUUGAACAUUGUUGUCAUUAGGCAUCAGAUUGAUGGAUGAGAAGGAAAUUUGGCCUCUGCACUGUAAAGGAAAUGUAAAUGGGCUUCUGCAGAUCUCCCCUGCUGGCAUUUUCAUGAAGUUUUUUCUUUUACAAGGUUAUAUAGUUUAUAGUAGAGAAAGCAUUCGAAGAAGAGUGCAGCCCCUCCUGGGAUGGUGAAAUCAGUUUUAGCUGACAUGAACGUUUGUUUCUACUUAUCCAUUGGUUUGUUAAAAGCAACAAUUUUUCCCGUAGCAUACAUGUUCUAGAUUAAUUGAAAAAAAACUGAAGUUGGACAUUUUA